CACAUCCCAACCUUUUCACGCUCGCUCUCUCCACCGAACCCUAAAACCCUUCCUUCCUUCCAAAAAGAGCAGGUUAAAGUGACGGCAACGUCCGCCUUGACUGAACUAUUUGUCUUGGCCCUUUAAUUUCCUCUCUCUCUCUUUUUCUUCUUCUGAAAACCCAAUCAACAAUGGCAGUAAAACCUACCAAAGCCGAGAAGAAGCAGAACUACGAUGCUAAGCUUUGCCAGCUUAUCGAUGAAUACACCCAAAUCCUUGUUGUCAACGCCGACAACGUUGGAUCUAAACAGCUACAGAACAUUCGUCAGGGUCUACGUGGUGACUCCGUUGUUCUCAUGGGAAAGAACACCAUGAUGAAGCGAUCUGUUCGUAUGCACGCUGAGAAAACUGGCAACAAUGCUUUUCUCAACCUUAUCCCUCUUCUUGUCGGAAAUGUUGGUUUGAUUUUCACAAAAGGUGACUUGAAGGAAGUCAGUGAAGAAGUUGCUAAAUACAAGGUUGGAGCUCCUGCCCGUGUUGGUUUGGUUGCUCCAAUUGAUGUCGUUGUUCCUCCAGGCAACACAGGGCUCGACCCAUCUCAGACCUCUUUCUUCCAGGUGCUCAACAUCCCAACCAAGAUUAACAAGGGUACUGUGGAAAUCAUUACCCCAGUGGAACUGAUUAAGAAAGGAGACAAGGUUGGAUCUUCUGAAGCUGCAUUGCUUGCCAAGUUAGGUAUUAGGCCCUUUUCAUAUGGGCUUGUGGUCCUUUCUGUUUAUGACAAUGGUUCAGUGUUUAGCCCUGAGGUUCUUGACCUCACUGAGGAUGACCUUGUUGCGAAGUUCGCUAUUGGGGUUUCCAUGGUCACUUCACUUUCAUUGGCCAUCUCUUACCCAACACUUGCCGCUGCUCCUCAUAUGUUUGUCAAUGCCUACAAGAACGUUCUUGCUUUUGCCGUUGCUACCGAAUAUUCUUUCCCUGAGGCAGACAAGGUUAAGGAGUACCUGAAGGACCCAAGUAAAUUUGCUGUAGCUGUUGCUGCCCCAGCUGCUGCUGCAUCUGGUGGUGCCCCUGCUGCCGCUGCCAAGGAGGAGGCUAAGAAGGAAGAGCCUGAAGAAGAGUCUGAUGAAGACAUUGGUUUCGGUCUAUUUGGUGAUGAUUAGAUUCUUUAGUUUUGCUAUUAGUGGAGUUAAAUUUUGCUUUAUUAGAUUUCAUGAGAUCAUACUUGGUUCAUUCUCAGAGUACUCUGCUGUUUUUCCAUUCCAUGUUAUAUUUCGACUUUAUCAAAUUUUCUCGUUUUAAAUUCAUUAUGGCUUACUGAUA